CCGUUCGUUUUCUGUCAGUCAUGACAUGACAUGACCGUCUGUCAUAUGAAAAAUGGCGAAAAAGUAGUCUAAUAAUAUUCAAAAUUCUGAGCCGAUACAAUAUUCCAUCUCCCUUCAUGCAUUACUAGGAGAGAUACAAUACAAUGUCCCGACUAAUCCGUGCAGCAGUUGUAAAAUUUAUCCAUUAACCAGUUACCACUACUUGAUAGAAAAUGCUGAAAAAAAAUCUCGUUGAAAAUUUUUGGUUCUCCACUGAUUUCCUCAAGAUGGGCGCCUCACCAUGGGAAGUUCUUGCAAACAUCUUGAGCUUCGUCACUAUUGUUUCCUGCCUUUUUCUAAAGGUGCCUCAAAUACAACACAUCAGGCAAAAGAGAUCGGCAGAAGGCAUAUACUUACAAGCCAUGUUGAUGGAAAUCACCGGCUUCACGAUCGUGACGCUGUACAACUACAAGAACAGUUACAGCAUAAUGACUUACAUGGAGUACCCGAUCAUACUAGUUCAGAUCUACGUGAUGUUAUACUACACAAUUAUGUACAAACGAUUGAUGCGGUAUAAGGUGGUACCAAUCUCUGCGAUGACGUACGUUGCUCUGGUGAUCGGUUUUGCGUCUGGCAUGCUACCGAAGGACUGGCUUACCUACAUGGUGCCAUGCUGCACACCUAUCAGUGGAAUGGCCAAGAUAACCUACAUUUACGGCAUAUAUUCGGCUGACAACGCGGACGCAGUCUCUUUGAUUACAUGGAUGAUCUCGGUCUUCACCAACUCUUCUCGCCUGUUCACAGUAUACAUGGACUCCGGUGACAUAACACUCAUGGCGAAUUUCACCAUAUCAACAUUGCUGAGUGUGACAGUGUUGUUAGUUGCAUUGUACUAUCAACAGAAGCACAAACCGAGGGCGGGCGUGGUGCCAGCGAAGAGACGCAAGUCAUCAGUGCCUACUAUACACCGCGACAUGCAGCAUUAUCAUAGUGAUUGAACACCAGGUUUUUACCCGGUAAAAAAUUGGCUCAUCUCUAGCUACGAUCCCGUCAACGCCAAGCAUGAAAUUAAAAAAAAUAUACAUAUUUUUAGGUUUGAACUUGUCUGCAUUGGUACCGACUCUGGCAGGUAUAAACUUAAUUGUUAGUUUCAAAAACUAAAAUUUUCACCAUCUUCUUUGUAUCUUUGUAUAA